AACCGGAGUAUCUGAAUCAACGUAAGCUCAUUGGUAUGGGAACAACCUUACCAAAGGACAUUGACUACCGGUACGCCGAAGAGUAUAAAAAUAGACCUCUGGUCAGGAACGGACAUCAAAUAUCUUAAGACUUUUGUAUUCGAAGUGUUUAGUGGAUUGUUUGCAAAAAUGAUUAAGGAGCUUAUUCUAUUGUUCCUGGCCAUCGCAGCAGCAAUGGCCAUCCCUGCAGUCCCCCAAGAGGCCAAAGAAGCUUCUGAAGGCAACCCUUCCUUAUACCAAGCCGGUGGAUUUCCAGCAGCAGAGACUGUUCAGGGUGUAGAAGCAACCGACUCAGACCUGGAACCUUCUGCGUCUGCACAUUGGGGUGGAUACGGAUGGGGCGGAAGGGGUUGGGGCGGAUACGGAGGAUGGGGUAGAGGAUGGGGCGGUUAUGGAGGUGGAUGGGGCGGUUAUGGGGGUGGAUGGGGAGGUAGAGGUUGGGGAGGAUACGGAGGAUGGGGUAGAGGAUGGGGAGGUUAUGGUGGAUGGGGCCACAGAGGUUACUGGGGUUAAGAGUGUUUGGACUGGGGAGGCUGUGAAUAAUUUUAAUUGUAAGGUAGUUUUAAGUGAAUAAAAUUGUAAAAGCA